UCGUCUGACAUCGGCUUCUCUUUCCUUCCACUCCACCACAAAACCCUAGCGUUCCGACGUUCUUAGAUUCUUCUACGCAGCUCUGCAACGAUGGAUAUUGAGGAGGAGAUUCGCGCAUUGCAGCUUGACUCUGCAGAAGGUAAUGGGGUUAUAAAUAGAGAUGAUGUAAAGCCAGACACUGAGAUGACUGAUAAGAUGGAUGAAGAACAUGAUAGUUGGGCACGCAAUCCGGAAGGUGCAAAGAUAGAAGAGGUUGAGAUGGCUGAGAAGAUAGAUGAAGGUGCAAAGGAUAGUAUAGUCUCUCAGCAAGUUAAGGUUGAACCCAAAGUGAAAGAUGAGGAAGCACCAGCUCUUGAAAAUGCUGAAGUUCUUGAUGAGGUGGAAGAAAAUAAGAAACGCCACUUGAAUGUGGUGUUCAUUGGUCAUGUUGAUGCUGGGAAGUCAACAAUUGGAGGACAGAUACUCUUCCUUAGUGGUCAGGUUGAUGACCGUACGAUCCAAAAAUAUGAGAAAGAAGCAAAGGACAAAAGUAGAGAAAGCUGGUAUAUGGCAUAUAUUAUGGACACUAAUGAAGAGGAGAGAGUUAAGGGUAUUACUGUGGAAGUUGGAAGAGCACGCUUUGAGACUGAAAAUACUAGGUUUACCAUUUUGGAUGCACCGGGUCACAAGAGUUAUGUCCCAAAUAUGAUCAGUGGAGCAGCUCAAGCAGAUAUUGGUGUUCUGGUUAUUUCUGCUCGUAAAGGCGAAUUCGAAACUGGAUAUGAGAGGGGUGGGCAAACCCGUGAACAUGUUCAGCUUGCAAAAACUUUGGGUGUAUCUAAGCUGUUCGUGGUUGUGAACAAAAUGGACGAUCCCACUGUUAACUGGUCGAAAGAAAGAUAUGAUGAAAUUGAAUCUAAGAUGGUACCAUUUCUGAGGUCUUCAGGCUACAAUGUGAAAAAGGAUGUCCAGUUUCUACCAAUAUCUGGUCUUCUUGGUUCCAACAUGAAAACGAGACUGGACAAGAGCAUAUGCCCCUGGUGGAAUGGCCCCUGCCUCUUUGAAGUUCUUGAUGCAGUUGAAAUUCCUCCUAGAGAUCCAAAUGGUUCUUUUAGGAUGCCUAUAAUUGACAAAUUUAAAGACAUGGGAACUGUUGUGAUGGGAAAGGUUGAAUCUGGUACCGUGCGUGAGGGUGAUUCCUUAUUGGUCAUGCCAAACAAGGCUCAAGUGAAAGUUCUUGCCAUUUACUGUGAUGAAGACAAGGCUACACGUGCUGGACCUGGUGAAAAUCUGCGGGUUAAGUUAUCUGGAAUUGAAGAAGAGGACAUAUUAUCUGGUUUUGUCCUGUGUAGUCUUGCAAAACCAAUACCAACAGUCACUGAAUUUACGGCCCAGCUGCAGAUCCUUGAGUUGCUUGACAACGCAAUAUUUACAGCUGGGUAUAAAGCUGUCUUGCACAUUCAUUCUGUUGUUGAGGAAUGUGAGAUUGUUGAGCUUCUACAACAAAUUGAUCCCAAGACAAAGAAACCCAUGAAAAAGAAAGUUCUAUUUGUUAAGAAUGGUGCUGUUGUUGUUUGCCGCAUUCAGGUGAACAACUUGAUUUGUGUUGAGAGAUUCUCAGAUUUUGCACAACUUGGAAGGUUUACUCUUCGAACUGAAGGAAAAACAGUUGCAGUGGGAAAAGUCAUGGACGUUCCUUCAAGUGCCAUUGCAUAAAAAAGUUUUGUUGUUAGAGGUACGUCCACCGGACUCUCCUUGUGAAUGGGUGUAAGUUGCAACGCAGAAUCAACUUAAAUGAAGUUGCCGCGUUAACAAUAUAUUGAUGUCUGAAGGAGAGGUGAGGUGCCGAUGCCACAGGUGCUUGGCAUUGGUACUUUUGAUAUACUUAUGGGUAUGUAAUGUUUAACUUAUACACCCAUUGGCAUUUUUGGAACACAUGAUUGUAAUACAUGGUUUUCACAUCAGUUUGUUGGAAAAUAUUUAGUUUUGGUUUGGGCAUUGUUUGCCAUGAAAGCAUUUAGUUUGUCAUUUGGGUUUUGGUACAAUAUUUAUGUGUAAAAACUUAUUGACUGCUCUUUCAUCGUCUGUGGCAUCCUGGUAAUAAAUUGAACUGGCAGAA